GUGCCAGCCACCGCCGAGAUUCAACGCUCCGGAUCAGUCGCAUGCGAAUGGGUGCCACAAUAUUCAAAUUUAAUUAUAGCCGAGCUAAACGGUGCGCGGCCAGGGUCUCAACGUGCCCUGAAUCCCGAAUAACCACCUACGCGCAGUGAUUGAGUGCUCGCGAUGCCGACUGUAAAAACACAUUUUUCAGGCCUCCAGCUUUUCACGUCGGCAAUAAAUCCAUCAGCAUAUAUACAUACGUGUAACGCAGAAAAAAAAAUACUUUCCUCGUGAUCCUUGCUUGGCUAAGCGCCAUCAAUAUUGCCCUAACUGAUAGUGAUGAGCGCCCGGGGAAAGUUAACUUGAAACUGCGAAAUUUGUUGAAUCGCCAAAGUAGCGCAGAAAUCUUGAUAAUCCAGUCGGGGGCGUCAAAACGGCUGUCAAAACUUUCACGGUAUGGCACAUUAUGGCACGAUAUUAAAAAGUGAGCCAGUCAUCUUGAAUGUAACGGCCUGCUACACUUGAAAGUUACUGGAACUUAUGCAACCGUUUGCACUCUUUUUAACAGCCAGUUGCAUAAUUUUUAAACGCAAUCGGAUAAACAAAUGGAAAAAUAGGAUAAUUAUUGAUUUUAAAAAGAAAGAAAGAAAAUAUCCCAUUUUUAGUUGUAAAUUGUUUAUUAAUGUACCACCGGGCAUUCUCUGCCCAAAUACAUCAUCCAUCCAUUUUUACAUAUAACAGUGGUUUUUACGAUAACAGUGGUUCUUAAAAUUAAUCAAUAAUGUUUUAUUUAGCCUUCUAUAAUGCUCAUUCUUGUCUGUUAUAAAUUUUUUGCAACAAUUCAUCUUCAUCCUCUUAACAUAUUGUUAAAAAUUUAAAUUGUUGUUAUUUACUUCAAAUUUCACAUUCUUCCGUUUUGAAAUUUUGGCCACGAUGUUCAAAAAACUCAAAAAUUCCAAAAAAGAGAAGACAAACAAGAAGAAGCCUGCCGCGAAGAAGGAGUCUUUGGAGCAGCUGCCAGAAAGAGAUGCGUCCGGCGAACAGGACCUUCCACUCGACGAGACGAGCCCUGCGAAUUUAGAACCCAAGGCCGAUAAAGACACCCUGACCUAUGACCCUGCCGAGGAUGCGAACAACGAAAAUGAAGACCUGCCACCCGAACUGCAGAUGCUCGCCGUGCCCACGUACAUGCUGGGUGCCAUGGAAAGGUCGGCCACGUUUGUGGUGCUGAAUCGCGAGCGGAACGGCAACACUUUGAGCUUCCGGUUGCAGGCGGACAUUGAUCCUGAGGCUCUGAAGCGGCAGCACCGCCUUAGAGAAGAGCAGAAACUGGCCAGGGCAAAACUUUUUGAAAACGAGCCCCCACUUCGGCCAAAAUUGCACACCAGGGUUGAUUAUAUGAAGCACCAUCGUCUGAAGAAUGCGGGUCUGAAGAAUUUGGUGGUCAGCAAGAGCAAACCCACCCCAACACCCAGUCCUAGAAAGUCACCUCGCGUCCGGCCCAGUCCUCGUUCGCUAAGUCCAAAGGUCAAAAGUUCCAGAUCAAAAAGCCCGGUUAAAUUAGGAAUGAAAAGCGUUUCCAUCGGAAAGACUCAAAAUCGGCAGAGUUUGGCCAAAAAGCAGGCGAGCCCCAGGAAAAAGUCCGUCGCAGCUCCAAUAGCUCGCAAGUCUGUGACUCGGGGUGCAGUUCGGAAAUCGGUCGCUGAGGUCCAAAAGGGCAAAUCCAGUCCCAGCAGAGCCCGGUCCAAGUCUGUGACCUCAACACCUAGGAAGUCGAAAAGUGCGCCUGAGAUUUUGAAGAGCAAGAAGGCCGGUUCUGCCGCUUCCACGCCAAGGGCCUCUCCUCGCAAAGCCAAAAUUUCAGCGAGACCUAGCGUAGCACAAAGAAAACCAUCCAGGAUCCCGCAGUCUGUGUUGCGCAAGGGGUUGCAGAGUAAAAAGAGCGCCAGCAGUGGAGGAAGUAGCAAGUCUGCUGGACGCGGAAAUGCAGUCAAGAUCAUACAGGUUCAUUUGAAAAAACGCUGAAAUAAAAUUCUAGUGUGAAACAAAUCAAUUUUUAGAAAGCCAAAAAAUUCAUUUAAAAAAUGUAAACUGUGUGGGAAGAAGAAAAAAACGAUUUAUGUGAUUUAAUUUUAUUAUAAUUGUCCCAGGUGAAGUAAUUUAAAAAAAAAACAAUCGCAUUUUUUUUUUAAUUUUCCAUUGCUUGUAGUUUUGUUAUUUUUAAAAAGAAUCCUUAAUUCAACAACAAUACUUGAUUAAAACUCA